GUUCAUAAACAGGCUGUGUUUUUGUGCUUUAGUCAGCUAGCUAGCUGAGGUAAGAAAUAAAUCAAUAUUAUUCAAAAGGAUUUAUAUAUAUAUAUAUAGGAAUUACAGUGUUAUACAGUGCUUCUUGUAACAGCAAGCACAUCUGGCAUGUCUUCUUUUACUCAUAGACGUUCGUGAUGUCUGAUGGAGCUGACCUUCUAUCUGUGGAUUAUGAAGUAUUUGGUAGAGUACAAGGCGUAUUCUUUCGCAAAUAUACACAGGCAGAGGGGAAAAAACUAGGUCUGGUCGGCUGGGUACAGAACACAGAAGCGGGAACUGUGCAAGGCCAGCUUCAAGGACCAAGCAGCAAAGUUAAAGAGAUGAAGGAAUGGCUCAAAUCCACCGGGAGUCCCAAGUCACAAAUUAUCAAAGCAGAGUUUAAGAAUGAAAAGAAAAUUGAGUGCUUGGAUCACACAACGUUUAAAAUAGUUCGCCCUUAAAUGCAGGUAACAGGCUAACAAAAAUUCCUGUGUGAUGUGCUUUUGAGAAAUGAGAUAAUUCUUGAAAUGUAUUUGUAGAUAUUAAAUAUAAUACUACUAGAAUACUAAGGAACUUUUUAAAAACUAUGUAUUUAUUUAACUAUUUAUUUAACGUAUGUGUUAACGUACAUUAAAGCUAAAAUGAUAACUCAAA